UCCAGAUGCCAUGCCAUGCCGCUGCCGACCUUGCCGGGUUCUGACUUCUCGGAGGGCGAGAGACUUUGCUGCCCAAGCCCGGGUUUGGUUGUCACAAACAUCGUCCAGUAAAUAAUAACAUAGUUAUUAUUUAUCAUCCAUAUCACAGCCAUUAUUAGUUAUUAUUAAUCCAGCACAGCCAAUAACUCGCUGGACCCCGGGAUCAUGGCUGCCAUGAUUCAUCGUAAUGAUACAGAGUUCUGACGACGAGACUGCCGAACAUCCGUCAGCAAACGGGAGAUACAUCUUCUUGUGCUGAUAUCGAUAGUUAGUUUAUUAGCUACAUAACUGCUAACUACAGAUUGGUUUGGUGGCACAAAUUCCUCCCGUUCACCCCGUUCACCGCGUUCAUCCCGUUCAUCCCAUUCAUCCCAUUCAUCCAAAUCAUCAUAUGACGUGCCGCCACUGGAGCAGGAAUGUAUAAAUCGAAUAUGGCAGCAAUAAUAAGUUCAUCAAAACGUCAAACCAGCGUCAUAUCAGCCAAUCAACCCACAUACCAACAACCCCCAUCAGCCUUCCCACGCCGAACCCGGGUUGGCGCCCUCUGUGAAGCAAUUGAGCGAUUGUCCUGGACGCCGUCUCUGCGACAUGUCAAAUGUCCAAAAAGCGCAUUAUUGGGUUUCCCCGGCACACCCGGUUACGCAUCAAACCCUCUCCAGGGCCAUGUGAGCAACUUUUGUCACAUCCUUCGCCCGUCGCGGCCAAUGGGCGAUGGCAAAUCGGGCCUUUGCUUCCAAAUAGAAGCCCCCCGGCGCUCUAUGACGUGAUGGACUACAUUUCUUUUCGUCUUCUUCUGCUGCUGUUGCUGCUGCUGUGCUGCUGCUGCUGAUGCUGCGGGGGAAUUGAUUUAGGAGUUGUUCCCCUUCGUAAGAGAGGGUAUAAAGGGUUUGCUUUGCCUCCGUGGAACUUACAAACAGUCCCCUAUCUUCUAUUUUAUCUUUCUUCCACUUGAUUUACUUGUACCCAGACUCAGGAGAUACCCCCCUAUUCUCGCGGUGCGAGAGUAUAUUCAUACACAAGACGCCCCCCCGGUUUCGCUAUCAGAACAGUUUAUAUUUAUUUAUAUUCCAUAUUCCAUAUUCCUUUUAUCUAUAAAUCUUAUCAUCUAAUUUAAAGUAUUUCACACCUGCGCCGGCGACAAUGACUCUCGUCAAUACUGCUCUGCGCGGCGCCCUCUUUGCCACUCGCCUGCUACAAUGGUGCAGUGCAGUUAUCGUCAUGGGAAUCGUUGCCUAUUUUCUCAAUAAGGGUCCUAAGGGUGGACAUCUGAAGUACGAGAUUGUUAUCGCUGUACUAUCUGUCGCCUUCUUCAUACCAGGCCUGCUGUCGCCCUUCAUCCCCGUGAUUGGGAGCUUCGCAUUUCCUAUUGAUAUCAUAUUCUCCUAUCUGUGGUUGACAUCAUUCAUCUUCACUGCGCAAGACUACAACAAGCACGAUUGUGCAUUCAAUGCACCACCAGGCGGCCGAUGUUCUCUCAAAUACGCACUCGAGGCCUUUACUUUCCUAGCUUUCUUCGGCUGCCUUGCUGCCGCAAUGCUUGAAAUCUACAACCUCUGGACGUACCACAAGAAUCGCUCCCCAGCCACGCACCCUACCAAGGAAGUCCCCAGACAGUCGGCUGAGACUGGGGGUACGGCGGGGACCGUGUGAUUGAUUUUGAUUUGAUGUUCGAGAUCGAAACACGUGGGGAGGUGGUGACUUGAGGAGAGGAGAAUGAAGAUGAUGGUAAUUUUUGAGACGUCCAGGCGAUGUUGGGACCAUCACGGAAGAUGCGAGAUGCGAGAUGCGAGAUGCGACAUGACAUGAUUCUUAUGGUUUUUGAUCGAUAAUAAUAUGGCACUUAUCAGGCUGCGAGUGAGCGAUUGCGGCAGUAGUAACGCAGACAAAUGCAAAUUUUAUCUCCCCAUUUUUGUUUGUGCUGUUGUUGGGUUAUAUAUACCUCUCUUCUCAAGCUUUUGCCCACACUGUUCAAAUUCUGAGCUUGAUUGCUUCAACAUUUGCAGAGCGAACAAGGAGCCGACAGUAUUCGGGGGAAAAGUUGUAGUUGCUCUUAUCAAUGUUUGGCUUUGGUGACCUGUCAUUAUUCUUAUUAGUUAUUAUAUAUCCCCCCCGCCUCCGUCUUUUUUGAUUUAGUAAUAAUAGCUAAUAAUUAACCUGUUUAUCUUUUUCUACCCCUUUUUCUCGUAUUUUAUAACUUACUAGUGUUCCAAAGAUUGUAUUAAGUAAUCAAGAUCUUCUCAUCAAAGAUUGUAUGAAAUAGAGACUCACAUUAUUU